AUGGACAUAAUAGAAUUGAGUCUUGAUAACCUCUUCUCUAGUUAUGUUGAUGACAAAGAUGGGGAGAAAGACUUUACUACUGCUGCUGUUGUCCCUACAACACAAGGUGAAGCUGAUGCUCAAAGAGCUGAAACUAAUGAAGUAGAGGUUGUUGAUGAUGCCAUCACUACCCAUGAAGCUGAAGUUGAGGUUGUUGAUGAUGCUGUCAGAGCUGAUGCUGAAGCUCAUGAUGAAGACCUUCCUAUCACCCCUGCAGCUGAUGAUGGUGAUGAGGAAGAUGAAGGUGAAGAUGACUUUCCAUCCCUUCCUGAUGCUGGAAAGGAUCUCGGUGGUGAUAAUGGUGAAGACGACGAUGAUGACGACUUUACGAUUCAGCAAGAGGAAGAGCGAGAAGUGAUCGGUGGAUCCCUAGCUCUUGUUGCUGCUGAAAAGGGCAAGAGGUAUGCUUGUAGAAGUUUGAAAGAAGAUAGUGAAGAGUCCAACACUGACAAAGAGGAUAGUGGUUCUGACUCCGACUUGAACGACAUCAAACAAGCUAUGCUUCUUCUGACAAAGACUUUCGAGAAGAAAUUCUACAAGAAGCCUUCGUCUAACAAUCUAAGGACUUUGUCAAGUUCAAGGAGACCUAAUUCAAGCUCAAGGAAACCUGAGUACAAGAAGAGGAUGAUUGAAUUGAAGACGGAGUAA